UGCCGUAGGCUUUAGUUGUGUGUUCUAGGUUGAAUGUUGUAACAAGGAAAUUCGUAGUUUUGUUCGUUUUUUUACAUAGAAUUAAGAAUAUUUAGGCCCAAUUUAUGUUCUUGACGAACUUUUGUACGUGUAAAGUGAAUUCGGUGAGAUGGAGUCCCCGCCGUCAAUCUCCACGCACUCGGAAGCGCCUCCUUUGAGUGAAGACAGCGGUCUGCUGAUUACAAGUGGAUCAUUUUCUAGUGAUUCUGCGAGUGGUUGGCAUCACAACGCAUCCGAGUUACAAGAAAGCGACUUCGACGAGCGGUCGUUGUCGCUCUGUGAAUCGACGGAGAUGUCAGAGCGAAUGUGCGGUGAUUACUUUAACACAUUGAAGAAAGGCCCAAUGAACCCCGUGAUCACUGCCAUCGAACCACCACCUGAAUUUCAGGAUGAUCCAGGACCGACAAACAUCGACAGUGUGUCUGCGUUUGUUGGUACUCGAAGUAAAUGUUUGGCUGUGUGCGUGCCUCCAUCGGUUGUAUUUACAAAUGAUAAUAUAAUUAGAUCUAAAUCAUCGAGCUUAGAUAUUGCUAUGACCACUAGUCAUAUUUCUCCCUUAUAUCCAAGAAAGCUAAAACCCGAAUCACUGUACGAACGCCGUCAGUGCUUGAAUCACCGUUUCGCGAGUCCGAGACUUUUACAUCUCAGUCCGUGUCGGGUCAACAGGCCUUCCUCCAGAAACUCUCUCUCGUCUCGCCUCUCCAGUAGUCAUAACUCCCUCGUGUCCCAGUUCCAAGCGGAUGACUCCAGUUUCAUCACGCAGGCCAUCUCGCACGACACUUUGUCAGCCAAGACCUCUGACAUCACCGACAUGUACAAUGUUCCCUUCGACAGCGAUAUUUACGCGGUGCCCAUUGAUAUGGUCCGUCCUAGUCACAGUAAUGUAAGGGGUAAAGGCAAAAAACCACCCAGGAGUAAUAGAAAACGUGCAGGCAAAACCAGUUCCCAAAUAUUAGGCAGCAGUAGCGCUGUACCGGAAAGGGUGUUCAAGUCAAAAGAGACGAGACACAAAGACACCAAAACAAAAAGACACAGUUUACCCAGUUCGUCUUGCAAAAAGAACGUCACCGACUCGGACACUGACUCGUUGCAUUUAACUCUGCGCGAAAUGCGAAAAUACCUUCACACGCUCUACUCCAGUUCGAGCGAUUCCGAGUGUCGGAGUACGAUAAACAAAAAGAGCAACACGAUAAUAACAAACGUGGGGAUACACGCGCGACACGCGACCAAGGAGACGGGGACUGCCGUUUUCUUGAAAGAGAGCAACGAUUUACCCAGGACGGUGGAAACAAACAAUAACCACAAGAAGGCAAAUAAAAAUACAGUGAGCCUAAACACCAAACAUAAGAAGCACAAAGAGAAUAUAUCGAAAGAGAGUGUCAUUCUAGAGGAGAGUAAAGAUAAAACUCAGAAAGCGAAUCCGACUGCCAAAGUGAAGAUGUCUCCGGUGCGGAUGUUGUCGAUGAAUUUGAAGCAGAGCUUCUGCAAUUUGUUUCGGUGGCGGAAGUCGAGUGACAGCGACAGCGUGGAGAGGGUCGGGCGCGAGUCUCCGCCGGCGGCGGUGCGGCGAGCUCUACCUCCGCUGCCUCAGUCUCCGCAUCCUUCUAACUCUCGUCGCUCCGCAAAUGAAGAGGAUACGAUCAUGGACUUCGCCACGUCAAUUCAGAAAGUCAAAGAUUAUGGCUGGUAUUGGGGUCCGAUAUCCGUGGAGGCGGCUGAGAAGCUGCUGUCGAAUGAACCCGACGGUUCCUUCAUCGUGCGCGACAGCAGUGAUGAUCACUACAUCUUCACGCUCACCUUCAAGCUCAAUGGACUUAGGCACGUCCGCAUUGAACAUGAUCAGGGUAACUUCUGCUUCGGUGGAUGCACGAUGUUCAAAGCGCAAACCAUAGUGGAGUUCAUCGAGAACGCAGUGGAGACUUCGCGUAGUGGACGAUACCUCUUCUUUUUGAACCUAAGGCCAGUGCUUGGGCCUGUCAGGGUGCAACUCCUGUACCCUGUGUCGAGGUUCAAGAGAGUGCAGAGCCUGCAACACAUGUGCAGUCGCUCGCCGCGCCGCAAGUCACCGGCGCGGUUUGCUCGGUACAUUUCGCCGGUCUCGUCGUCAUUCGCCGCUGCGCAUGGUUCGUUAUACUGAAGUACGUAAGGCGAGAUCUCAUCAGCAGCCUGCCGCUACCGAGGCGGCUUUUGGACUACCUGAGCACCACUCACUACUACUCGGAGCUUCUAGCGGAGAUCUAAGAUCUAUUGAUACUUUGCACUAGUGAAGUCCUGCCAUGACCGUAACAUCCUUUCACUGCCAUCUGGAGAGCUGUUCUGUAGCGAAGUUUUUAUAACUCGACAACGUAAGUUUCGAAUUCGUCUCUAUCUCUCUUUGUCUAUAGUAUCGUGGUAGACAAAAAAGGCAGACAGGAAUUCGAGAUUAAUAACACCGUUACAGGAUUGCGCUACUGAUAGGAAUAAUCCCAGUUAUUAGUAUUUUUUAAGAAAAGUAAGCAUAUCUUGAAACUAAAAUAAAAGCUUAUCGAAACUAAAAUUAAUACAGUGGGCCUGGUAACUACAUGCAAGGCUGUGAGUUCUAUACGCAAAACUGGAAAGUAUUUGUGUGAUAUUUUCCUGUAUAUGGAUGGUUUAUAUAAUAUGUAUAAUAUAAUAAUCAUUUAUAAAGGGACGCACAAUUAUGUAGAAAAUUUCACAAAAAAACUGGCCAAUUUUGCUUUGACGGUUUUAGAAUUAUUGGUAAAGAAAAUUAAACCAAAAGGCCUUUAAAUAUAGUCCACUAUUCAAUAAAAUCCCAAAUUCAGAGUAAAUUCAACCUUAAGAAUUGAGUUUAAGUUUGCAUUUCCAAAUGCUACUACUUGAAUUGAGUGCCAAGAUGUUGUGUUUGACACUCAUUGAGUGGGAACGUUUUUUGGUCGCUGAUUGUGCAUCCACUUUUUAAGGAGAUCGAUGUGGUAAAAGAAUUUCGAGAAGCUUCGUGGAUUUCAACAAUUUACUAAUUGUAUAAUGUAAAUGUUAUUUUAAUUAGUUUAUUUUUCAUAAACACAUACGGUCAUGGCACGAUUCCUUGCGUCCGCUCAUGUUUUACAUUUCUUUAGUGACUUUUUGUAGGAGUUGAUUAUGAGUUACCAGACAUUUUUUUUAAUAGAUACGCGGACAGCCGGCUGUCUGUCUAGUAGCUCAUAAAUAGUCAGUGUGUUCCAUUUUCCCUGACAAAAAGUCGUAUACUGAUAAUUAUUAUUGAACUUGGGCGCAGGUUUAAUGUCAAGCGGAGUUUGGGCCUUUCGAAUUUAAACAUUUUACGUCUUUCAAUAUUGUCUUGACUCGUGCUUCGAUUGUUAAUUAUUCGAAUACAAGUAUUAUAGCUUGGCAAGUUCGUUGGUGACACUGCCAUGAUAUGCGGGCGACAGGGGUGCAAGGACUGUGCGGGUAUGAAGUUCGCCCUCCCGGCCCUCGCGGACCAUCGCGAGUGUUGUUGCCAAGCUAUAAAACAAGCCAACUUUUACAAACGAAGCCUAUUAUAAACUCCUGCUUUUGCAUUUCAAAUUCGUCCACUAUAUUUUCAAUAGGGCCUAUUUCGUAAUAAACCUAACAUGUAUAAUUAAUUAUUGAUAAUAUUCUGGAUAGUGUUUAUGGUGUAACUUAAUAGAUAAACUAAUUUAUUCUUGUGUUUAACAUACUGAAUACCAAAUGCUUAUAUAUGACUUAGUUUAUUUAAGUAGCGCCUUUUUUUUAGUAUCAAAUUUUGUGCCGAAUGUAGACUGCACAUUACACAGUAGAUUAUUACUUAAUUAAUGAAAAAAAAAAGAACACAGACGUAUAUAUAUAUUUUCUCAAACUUUUACUUAGGCGUAUUUAUUCUGCACUCAAUAACCGGUAUACUUACUUGUGAAAUACACUCAAAUAUAUUUUUACUGUGUAUUUAUAAACUAAUUUUCUUUGACUUAACAUUUUUUCCUGCAGCUUGCGUAUUCUUUUUGUAUAAAACAUUAAUUAAUUAUCUUAUACAUUCAACUGGCUGUGGAAAUAAACAGUAUUAUAACAUAAACACAAUCGAUUAAAGGCAAUACAAUAAUCGAUGUUUAAGCAAUAUUACGAAUAGAUAAUUGAAUGAUUAGAAUACUUUCUUUUUGACAAGUUUGAAUAGCAAAUACAUGUUUUGUAUAUUUUAAGCAUGCUAAACUUUAGGUAUUUAUAACUUAGCAAAUAUAAUUUUAUACAGUACACACAAAUUUGUUUAUAAGAGUAUUUAUUUGUAAGAGAUAACUUCAAUGAUUUAAAAAAAAAAAACAUGUAUUUGUACUAACUCAAUCAAUCUUAUAUCCUAAUUAUUGUUUAUUAUUUGCAUGAUAUUUUGUAUUGUCACUGUAUUUAACAUUAUUUAUAAAUUUCGUAAUGUUUUAUUUGUGUUUAAUUUAUUUUAGUUAUUUAAAAUUUGCAUAAUAUUUUCACGUUUUCAUCGCUCAAUUUAUUUGUUAUUUAUAAUUGAAAUAAUAAUAAUUUAAUAAUAAUAAUAAUAAUUUGCCUAAUGCUUUGAUUUUUUGUCACUUAUGUUUUAUUAUGUUCACACGAAAAUCAACAACCAUCGUUAUUAAAAGUUCAAAAGAAAGCUAGACAACUGGUUCUUCAGUUUGUGACCAGAAAGAGGAACCUUCUUAUUCAUGGUGGGCGUCCACAUAUCCCCAUCGUAAGUAUCGGCCGCAUCUCAUCAAACGGGUCAUAGUAUUAUUUGUAUAAAAUGUCCAAGUGCGUCCACUUAUCUACAUCGUACGGAUCGCUCCAAUCUACUGUAAAAUUAAAAUUCCGUUUAAUUCGUCCGAUACUACUAUGCGGAAAUGUGGACGCUCAUCUUUAUGUACCGUUUCUAACAUCACUACUUUUUGUUUCUUACAAGCUUCUUGAGAUUUUCGGUAAAGCUUUUCUUUUUAUCUUUUCCAUAUUAUGUUAGUCCGCUUCCAUCUUAGAUUGCAUCAUCACUUACCAUCAAGCGAGAUUGUAGUCUAACUACUUGUAUAACGACUAAUUUGUGAAUUAUAUAAAAGAAAAAAUAUGCUUAUUUAUGACUUUUGUAAGUUUUUUUUUAUUUGACCAGUAAAUUACUGAAUACUUUGUUUGAUGUAGUUCAUUUUUUUUGUUUAACGCACCUAAUUACGCUUUUUUUUGUUUAGCAUGGUAGUUCUUUAGUUUAUGUUGUAAGUUUUAAUUUUCACCAAAGAUAUUUUUUAUUAAGUAAAUAAAUUAUUGAGUUACGACCA